AUGGCGACUUCAACUGGUGGUGCUAACAAAACUGUAUAUGAUAUAGCAAAAACGUUAGAGGAGAAGGCAAAGAAUGAAGCAAAAGAUCGAUUGGAUGGUGAUAUUACAAAAUUGAAAGGGGAUAUAUCAAAAGCGAAAUUUGGAAAGGAUGGUACUGCCAGUAACCUCAGUAAGGACGAGAUUUGCAAGCUUAAUAAAGAUACACAUACCAAUGAUGGUCGUCGUGGUAAUCGUGAUUAUCAAGGACCAUGUCAUGGCAAAGGUGGACAAGAAAAAGCAAGAUUUAAUAUAGGAAAACCAUGGUUAACGCGUGGUGAUGCUAAUCCAAAUCACCAAGAGGUAUUAUUUCCUCCGAGAAGAUUAGAUAUGUGCACUUCGAAUUUAGAAAAUUUGAGGACUUAUAACAACGGACUGAUAGGUAAUAAUGUUAAUGAUUCGUUUUUGGGCGACGUGUUGUUAGCAGCAAAAUACGAGGGAGAGUUCAUAUCACAAAAACUUAGUAAAGAUCAUUCAUCAAUUUGUACUGCUAUGAAAUAUAGUUUUGCAGAUAUAGGAGAUAUAUUAAGAGGAAGAGAUAUGUGGAGUGGAAACGAAGAGAUGAAACAGCUAGAAGAUAAGUUGAAAGACAUAUUUGGGAAAAUUAAAGAGAACCUUGAUGGCAACACCAAAGGCAAAUAUAAUGGUGACAAAGAUUAUAAACUAUUGAGAUCAGACUGGUGGUCAGCAAAUCGUGAACAAAUAUGGAAAGCGAUGACGUGUUCAGCGCCACAAGAAGCUACUAUAUUCAAAAAUACAUCUAGUACUAAUACGAGGACAUUUUCAGGGGGUUAUUGCGGCCGUGGUGACAAUCCACCGUUUAUACCAUCUGAUGAUUAUGUCCCUCAAAAAUUAAGAUGGUUAACUGAAUGGACUGAAAGCUACUGUAAACAGUUGAAGUCACAUAUAGACAACUCGUUGAAGGAAGCGUGUGACGAAUGUAAAUAUAAUGGUACAAAAUGCAUGGGGGAAGACCAUAAUUGUCAUACGUGUUCAGACAUGUGUAAUCUCUAUACAAAUUAUGUUAAUCAAUGGCGACCUCAAUGGGAUAAACAAAACAAUAAAUACCAGGAAUUAUACGAACAAAGAAAUGGUAAUAGUGGUAGUAAUGAUCCAAUUAAAGAAAAACUUCAUGAUUUUAUGAAACUAUUGAAACAAAACGGUGGUAGUAACAAAUAUGAAAAUCUUGCAGGAAUUGUAGAAUCCAUGCGAGGCAAUAGAUAUUGUGAAGACAUUAAACAGGGUAAUUUCAAGGACAGAAAUAGUACUUCUAGUGUCACGUCUGGAAAACAAAACACUCAGCAACACUAUGCGUUUGAUAAAUACCCACAUGAGUAUGAUCAGGCAUGUAAAUGUAAAGACCGAACUCUAAGCAAUAUACCGAAUCCAGUACUUAAAGGGGAAUUGGAUAACAAUGUAGAUUUAUGUACAUUGAGUACAGAUAAAUCUGCAAUGAAUGAAGGUCUUGAUAAUAGUAAUCAAAAAAGUACAAACACACCAUGCGGACUUUUUAGUAACACAACAGGAACCGUAGGAAAUAUAUCGACAAGUGGGAAAGAAAAAAAUGGAAAAGAAGAAUGGAAAUGUAAUGACACCAAUACACCUGUAGGUAAAACAAAUAAAAGCCCCUGUGUUCCUCCACGAGUUCAAGAAAUAUGUUUAGGAUAUUUAGAUCACAAUGAUAUUGCUGAAAAAAUUAAAAACACUACAGGUAGUAGUGACGAAGAAAAAUUUAAAGAAAUCAAUAAUAAAUUAUUGAAGGAUGUUUUACUAACAGCACGAUUCGAAGAACAAGAAUUGUGGGAAAUACUUGUCAAACGAGUUACUACCGGAAACAUGGAAGAAAAAAAGAAAAAAGCUUGCAAUGCAAUCAAACGAAGUUUUCAUGAUUUAGGCGAUUUAAUUAAAGGUACAAAUAUAUGGGAUGAUGGAAAGGCAAAGGACGCAGAAACGCAACUGAAGACCAUUUUUGAAAAACUAUACGAAUUAUAUAAACAAGCAUAUGAUAAUACCAGCAUACAGUAUAAAGAUGAUUGUGCAUUUCGAAAAGGUUGGUGGGAAACUAACAAAAACAAAAUAUGGGAAGCAUUCAUUUGUGACAAAAAGUGUAAGGAUGCCAAUACAACACCACCUGAUGAUAUUCCACAAUUUUUGAGAUGGAUGGACGAAUGGUCCGAAGAUUUUUAUAAAGAACACGAAAAAAAAAUAAAAGAAAUGAAAACUAAAUGUGAGUCAGACGAAAAAAAGUAUACAUGUAAUGGUGGCAAUCCAAGUACAGAAUGUAAUAAAAAUUGUCAACAAUGUAAAAAAGCAUGUGAGGAUUAUAAAAAUUGGAUAAAAAAUGAAAAAGAACAUCAAUGGAAAAAACUAAAAUCAAAAUAUGAUAAGGACCAAAAUGCAGGAAAAUAUAAAGGGUAUGACGAUAUGGCGCAUGCGUUUUCUUCUACAGCAUAUUUAUUUUUUCGUUGUAUGAUAGAUAAAUGUAAUUAUAUAGAUUAUGAAAAAGUUAUGAAAACUGAAGAUAAAACAUAUAAAUCAUUUUGCGAUUGUAAAAGCCAAGAGUAUAAAGAUCGAGAGAAAAAUAAAAGUGGUAGUGGUUCUUCGUCUAGUAGUUCUUCAUCAACUCCUUCUAUUACAAAAGAUAAUGUAUGUCAGGUGAGUAAAUCAACAUAUCAUUGUAUGAAUAAAGAUUUGAAAAACAUAUACUGGAAAAAUGCCAAUGUUAGAGAUAAAGAUGAAAAGAAAAUAUAUGGAGUGUAUACCCCGCCACGACGACAAAAACUAUGUAUUGUAAAUUUAGUCCUACAUUCCACUGAUAAAAAUAAUUUGUUACUAAAUUUACUUGUUGAUGCCAGAAAUGAAGCUGAAGUGUUACUGAAACAUUAUACAGAAAAACAGAAUGGUGGUUCUCGUUCUAACAGUAAUCAACUUCCUCCUGGAUAUUGUGAUGCUCUUAAAAGAAGUUUUGCCGAUUUUGGAGAUAUAAUUAAAGGAACAAAUCUGGAACGAGGUAUAUUCGAGAAAAGAGUAGAAAGUCAAAUAAAAAAAAUAUUUGAAACAAAAGGUAAAACACGUGGUGGCGAAACACGCGACAAAUGGUGGGAUCAACAUAGAGACAAGGUAUGGAAAGCAAUGAAUUGCGACAAUAACAAAAAAUGUGAAAAUACCAUUCCUAGUGAUGACAAAAAACCUCAAUUUUUACGAUGGUUAGAAGAAUGGUACGAAGAUCUUUAUGAUAAGAAAAAGGAAAUUAAGAAUAAAGUGGAGAAUAAAUGUAGCAACAAUAACCAAGGAACACAAGACACAUACAACUGUACCGAAUGCAGUAAAAAAUGUUAUGAAUAUAGAUCGUAUAUGCAGGAAAAAAAAACUCAAUGGGAGAAUCAAAAAAAACAUUAUGUCAACGAAAAGAACACAUUUAAUGGUAAGGGUAACAAUGAUUAUGCAGAAAGGAAUGCACAAAAAUAUUUGGAAAAGACAUUUUCCAAAACAAAUGAAUAUAAAUUGAAUACACAAUUAGAUACUUCAUUUAACUAUCCACAUACUGAAAUUAAAGAAUAUUGUGGGUGCGGUAAAUUUGACAAAUCAACUGCUCAGGGAAAAAGUAUCUAUGAAUGUACCAAUUAAAGUUCAGGGUAAAGAUAAUUGCAAGGGGCUAAACAGUGAUGUCAAAGAUGACAAAAUUAAAUGGGACAACACUGAUGGAGAAUAUAGUUCUUGAAGGAUCAUUUAUCUUCAGAAGUAUAUAUACCACCUAGGAGACAACGUAUAUGUUUUGAAGGGCUUGACGACAAAAGUAACUUAAGAACUACAAAUGAGUUGCGAAAAAAAUUGAUGGAAGUAGCUGCAACUGGAAGGGUACAAUUUAGGUCAAUACUACAAAGAGAAAAAUACGAAUGCGAACGGAUACAGAUAAAUAUUCGUACGAAGUCAAACCGUGUAAUGCUUUAAAAUAUAGUUUUUUAGAUUUUGGAAAUAUUAUUAAAGGACAAGGAUAAUUUAGAACCUGCACAAAAUGAUACAGAAACAAAUUUGAAAAAAAUAUUUGACCAUCUUGCAUCAAAUCAAAGACCAAAUGGACAAAAAAAAACAGCAGAUGAGGUACGAAAGGAAUUUUGGGAAGAAAAUAAAUCAUGUAUAUGGGAAGCAAUGAUAUGUGGAUACAAAAUGGGAAGAGACAAUCAUUCAGGGACUAAGAGUACUAAUAUCUCCAGUACUGCAACAAUGUACCAGAAGAUACUGAUAUAUACAACAAAUAGUAAAGAUGGACAAUUUCUUCGUUGGUUAGAAGAAUGGUACGAUGAUUAUUGUCAUGGAAGACACAAACUGUUACAAGGGGUGACAAAUACAUGUACGUUACAGAAUGUUGGAAGUGAAUUUAAAUGUGAUAAGGAGUGUAUUAAAAAAUGUGACAAAUACAAACAAUAUAUGCGGAAGAAAAAAUUUCAAUGGGAAAAACAAAAUCAAUACUACGAAGAACAACUUGUAAAAAGUGGAAAAAAUAACAUAUAUAAAGAAAAUUUUGCUAAGGAUUACUUGAAAACUAAAUUUUCUAAUAGUCUUGAUAAUGAUAAUUGUGACAAAGUACAAGACAAUAUCGAAUUGUUAACUAAACAACCAAAUUAUGAUGUAGAUGUAUAUUGCGGGUGCAAAAAAUUUGUUGAUGAAAAUAAAUAUAAGGAGCUUGUAGGAAAACCAAAUUGUGGGGGUUUGAAAAGCGAUGCGGAAAAGGAAGGAAUUAAGUGGAAAGGUAAAGACACAAAGGAACAAGAUAAUAAAAUUCAUUUUCCUCAGUUACCUACCGGUGUUUAUGUUUCUUCUAGGAGACAAAGAAUAUGUUUUGAAGGACUUGACACAUCCCAAAAAGAUACGUUGCCAAAAAAAUUGAUGGAAUUAGCUGCAACGGAAGGUUACAAUUUAGGAGAAUAUUAUAAAAAUAAAAGCAAAAACACUAAAGAAGAAGACAAGUAUGCCUAUGAUGUUGAAGCUUGUAAUGCUAUGAAGUAUAGUUUUCUUGAUUUAAGAGAUAUAAUUCUAGGAUAUGAUAUGUUAGAACCUGAGAAAACUAAUACAGGAAAAACAUUGAGCGAAAUAUUUAAUAGUAUGUCACCACCAAAUGGAAACAUUAAUGAGAAACGUAAAGAAUUUUGGAAUAAUAACAAAGACUGUGUGUGGAAAGCUAUGCUAUGCGGUUAUCGAAAAGGUAGAGAUGAUCCAAAUGGUGCUAAACAUAGUGAUGAUGACCUAAAAAAUUGUAAUGAUCCCCCUAGUGAGACUGAACACCCUAUUGCAGAUAGUCGCGAUCAAGGCAAAGAAUAUCAAUUUUUACGAUGGUUUACUGAAUGGGGAGAAGAUUUUUGCACAAAACACAAAGUGGAAAAGGACAAAUUGGAUAAGGCGUGUCAAAAUUUUACGUGUAGUACUGGUAACGGUAAUCAACAAUGUCAGGAAGCGUGUGAUCAAUAUAAAAAAUUUAUUAGUGACUGGAAACCUCAAUAUAUUAAACAAAAAACAAAAUAUGAUGAUCUUAAAGGACAAGACCCAUAUAAUACUGAUACCGACGUGAGUGGCUCACAAGAAGCCUAUCAGUAUUUGAACAAAAAAUUAACAAAAAUGUGUACAAGUACCACUCAUGAUUGUGCUUGUAUGAAAAACCCCUCGUCACAAUCAAAUCCACCCAAUUCGCUGCCCGAAUCAUUGGAUGAACUUCCAAAUGGAUAUAAAGAUAUAUGUAAUUGCGCAUCGAAAUCUACAUCACCCACAUCAAACAAAUCCGAUGAACUAGAAGAAUGUAAGGAAAAAUUUGCUAAUACUGGUAUAGUUUGGAAUGACUGGGAUUGUACAGAAAACAGUGGUAGUAGUAACAGUGCUAAUACUAGUGGCAGUGUCACCAAUAUGUGUGUCAGAAAAAAAAGUAGCAGCAACACACAAACACAAAAAACAAAAAACAUUAUUGGGGAAGAAAGCGAUUUGUUUUUUAUAAAUUUUACUGAUUGGUUAGAGGAAAUAUUUGACCAAAUGAAACAUAUACCUGAACAUUUAAAUGAAACCUGUGAUCCAAAAAAAAUAAUAAAAAAUGACCAAAAAACACCCAAUGGUAAGAAUUGUUCUGAUUGUACAAAUAGAUGUAAAUGUUAUAAAAAGUGGAAAAAUCAAAUUGAACACCAAUGGAAAAAACAAAAAGAAUAUUACAAUGAAUAUAAAUAUAAACGAGAUAGUCAAAUGUAUGGUAUAAAAAUUAAUGAUUUUUUGCAAGCAUAUUGUGAAGACAAUUUACCCAGAAAAGAUGAAGAGUGUCAACCUAGUAAUAAUAAGAGCGAUAUUAUUAGCGAAACAUUACAUGAAUUAGGAAAGAAACAAAAGGAUGUGUGCAAAAUAUGUCCUGAAGAUGAACAACAAGCUACAAAAAAUAAAGAUGAGCAGAAAAAAAAAGAAAAAGAAAAAUGCGACAAAAAUAACGAAAAUAUUCCACAAGGAAACUGUACCGAAAAGGAAUAUGAUAAUAUAGAAAAUAAUGAUGAGAAUUAUAAAAAAGAUUGGAAAGAGGCUAAAAAAAACAAUACAGAAGAACCAGGUGUGUAUGUCCCUCCUAGACGUCAACAACUAUGUAUAUCAUAUCUUAAGGAUAACAGACAAAAUAUUACUAGCGAAGAAACUUUAAAGAAAUAUUUGUACCAUUGUAUUAAAAAUGAAGCAACGAGAUUAUUGGAAUACUAUAAAACUUCAAAUCCUGUAACAGGAAAUGGUACUUCACAAAGUUCUACAAAUAAUUUACCUGUAGGAUUUUGUAAAGCUAUGGAACGAAGUUUUUCCGAUUUAGGUGAUUUCGUUAAAGGAACAAAUUUGGAUUAUCCUAGUGAUGAAUUAGAAAAUUUAAAAACACAAUUAGAACGUUUUUUUCGAAAUAAUACUAAUGAAAAAGAUUCUACCAGAUGGUGGGAAAAACAUAAACGUGAGUUGUGGAAAGCAGUGAAAUGCGGAAUAAACGAUGGUAAGGAUGAUUUAAAUUGCCCCAAAAAUAUUGAUUUUGAUCGACGGGACCAAUUUUUACGAUGGUUUGGGGAAUGGGCCGAAUACGUAUGUAUCGAGCACAAAAAGAAAUUGAUAGGUUUGAAGCAGGAGUGUAAUCAUUGUGAGAAUGGAAAAAAAUGUGAUAGUAGUGGUACCAAUACAUGCGAGAAAGGUAAAUGUACCAAAGCAUGUGAUAAAUAUAAAAAAUGGAUAGAUAAAAGAAAAAUCCAAUGGAACAAAUUGUCAGCAAAAUAUGAAGAGAACAAAUCGAAAUAUAAAAAUAAAGAUGAUGAAACUUCUUGGGCAAGUUAUAUGAUUCCAUCAACAUAUUGGAAAUUAAUACAUCGUGACACUUGUUCUAAAACAGUUUUUAAAACAUUAUUUGAAACUACAAAUGAAUAUGGAGAUCAACAAUCAUUAUGCGACUGUUCUUCUACAACACCAUCUUCGUCAUCACCAAUAUCUCCAUCUAAAAAAACACCAGAUCUUUCUAAAGAUCCUAUUGAUGAACCAGUAGACGAUAAAAUCCAAAACGAUCCUUGCAAGUUUAAUAAUCAAAUAUCUAGUUGUCAUGACAAAAAUUUUGAGGGAGUUAUAUGGACAGGAAAAGAUAUACGAACAGAUGAAAAUGGACAACGUAUUCUUGGCAUCUUCGCCCCUCCGCGAAGACAAAAACUUUGUGUCGGAAACAUAUGGUUACAUGCAACGGACAAAACCACUUUAUUGAACGAAUUGAUGUUUGCAGCAAAAAAAGAAGGGGAAUAUUUAAAAAAAUAUUAUGAUCAAAAAAGUGGAAGUACUUCCCAAACUACUCGAAACAAUAACGAAUUGUGUAAAGCUAUCAAACGCAGUUUUUAUGAUUUGGGAGAUAUAGUUAAAGGUACCGAUCUGAGAAGAGGAGCGAUAGUUACGGCAACGGAAAAUAAAAUUCACGAAAUAUUUAAAAACGACAAAAAUAGUGGUGGUACAACACAAACACUUAGUGAGGACAAAAUAUUGGAGAAACGCAAAACAUGGUGGAAUCAAAAUAAAGAAAAUGUUUGGAAAGCGAUGACUUGUGAGAACAAAACGUGUGAUUCCACUGCCCCUAGUGAUACUACUCCUCAAUUUUUACGAUGGUAUGAAGAAUGGUUCGAAGAUUUUUGCAAAAGAAGACAAAAAUUAUUAGAUAAUAUACGUGUGAAAUGUAAAAACAAAAAUCCUAAGAACAAAUGUGAUUCUCCAAAUGAUAACGAGUGUAUAAAUGCUUGUUCGGAAUAUAAUAAAUUCUUAAAUUAUAUAAAAAAAGAAUGGAAAGCACAAAAAGCAAAAUAUGAAAGAGAUUAUAAAAAUUCAAAAGCACAUAAUGAUGAUGAAGAAUUUAAAAUUGCAACAAAAACCCAAGAUACAGCCAUUAAAUAUUUAAACGUUAAAUGUGGAAUUAAAAAGGAUUGCAAAUGUGUUAAUAGUAAAAUUCAUGAAAUGGACAAUAUUGUUGACAAAAAAGACGACGAAUAUAGAAACAAAUACGAACCCUUAUGUUCAAAUUGUAGAAUUCAAAAAAUAAAAGAUAAAAUUAACGAAAUAAAAGAACAACGAAUUUCGAAUACACAGUCAAACACCACUACUGAAGCUAAAGUUCCUUUCAACUGUGUAGAGAAAGCGGCAUAUUAUAUAUCUAAAAACGCAAAAAGUAGUAUUGAUAGUACAUUGAGACAACAAAUACAAUCAAUGAAUUGUACAAAGGAAAAUAAAAAUUCUUUUAGUGACAAUAGUUGUGAUUCUAAUAAAAAUUAUUCACCUGAUAAAUAUAUAGGAAAAAGAAAUCCAUGUGGUAAUAAGGGAAAAUAUCGUUUUAAUGUAGACUCCGAAUGGAAAUGUUACAAACAUUUAAGGCUUUAUCGGGAAAAAAAAGGAUUAUGUGUACCUCCAAGAAGAGAAUAUAUGUGCAUAAGUAAUUUAGAUGAAAUAAACGUUAAAUCAGUUAAAAAUAUUAAGUUUCUCCUAACAGAGGUUAUACGUGCUGCACGAAAUGAAGGAACACAUAUAAUAAAAAAUAUUAAAGUAAAAAACGAGUGUGACCUCAAUCCUAUAUGUGAUGCUAUGAAAUACAGCUUUGCCGAUUUAGGAGAUAUCAUUAGAGGAAGAGAUAUGGUACUUCCUAGUGGUAGAAUUCCUCCUGUAGAAAGAAAAUUAAAAGAAGUUUUUAUGAAAUUAUUUGAAGACUGGAAAAAAACUAAUUCUACUAAUAAUAAAUAUCCUGACGUAACAUCAUUUCGUUCCGCCUGGUGGGAUACUAAUAGAAAUGACAUAUGGAAAGCUAUGACUUGUUCUGCACCGAACGAAGCAAAACGUUAUAUCACAGAAGAUGGAGGUAAUUUUUCGCGUUUAACCAAUAUGCAAAAUAAAUGUGGACAUAAGGAUAAUCCCCCAAUCGAUGACUAUAUUCCACAAAGGUUUCGUUGGUUAACUGAAUGGAGCGAAACGUUCUGUAAAGCAAGGAAUAAAAAACUUUAUGAAAUGAACGAAGGAUGCAAUAAAUGUAGAAGUGGCACGUCGUGUAAAGAUGACACUGACGGAAACAUAUGUGAGAAAUGUAAAAAAAAAUGUGAAGAAUAUAAGAUGUUUAUUAAUAAAUGGAAAGAACAGUUCGAUAUACAAUCCAAAACAUACAAUAAAUUGUAUGAAAACGCGCAGAGUGAUAGCACUUUAAGUAAGAAUAUUAAAAAUUUUGUACACAAAUUGAAGGACAAAAAAGAUCAUUGUCCAGUUGAAAAUGCAUCUGAAUAUAUACAUAAAACUUCUAAAUGUGUCAAUUAUAAAUUUAAUGAAAAUGACGAUUCUUCUAAACCCUUAUAUGCUUUUAAAACAACACCAAGUGGAUAUGAAACAGCAUGUAAAUGCAAAGCACCCGAUUCAUUGGAACAAUGUCCUAGUGAUGAUACCAAAUAUGAAAAGGGAUGUAAAACGUUAAUUCCUACAAAGUCAUGUGAAAGUAAAACGUUUAAUAAUGAUCUGAAUGAAUGGACUGGAAAACUUGUUCGUGAUAGUUCACUGCAAAAUAAAGGUGUACUAGUUCCACCUAGGAGAUCAAAAUUAUGUACAAUAAUUUUUCGAAAUAAAGAUUAUAAAAGCAAGGACAAACAUGAUUUUAAAAAAGAUCUACUGGAUGCCGCUUUUAGUGAAGGACGAUUAUUAAGAAAACUAUAUACAGAAUAUUCUAAUGAAGCAUUACAGACAAUGAAAUAUAGUUUUGCUGACUAUGGAGACAUCGUAAAAGGUACAGAUAUGAUGGAUAAUUUGCAAAAAUUGAAUGAACAAUUAAAUGUUCUUCUUAAAACCAAUGGUACAGGUAGUGAUGUACACAAAGAUCGAGAAAACUGGUGGAACGAUAAUAAAAUAAAAGUAUGGAACGCUAUGUUAUGUGGCUAUAAAUCACAAAACAAAACUGAACAAUUGAAUUCAUCAUGGUGUGAUAUUCCUACUGAAGAUGAUACUCCACAAUUUUUACGAUGGUUCAAAGAAUGGGGAACGUAUUUCUGUGAAGAAAAAGAGAAAUUAAUUAAUUCCGAAAAUAGCCCAGAAUGUAAAAUUUACCUUCAAAAAUAUCAAUACACUAAUUCUUAUGAUCUAAAAGGAAAAAAACCUCCUUGUAAGGAUAAAAUACAGUUUUAUGAAAAUUGGAUAAAUAAACGAAAGGAAGAAUGGGACCAAUUAUCUGAAAAAUACCAUAGAGAUAGAAAUGUUGGCAUAUAUAAAAAUAUUUCUGAAAAUGCUCAUUAUUUGAGCCCAGAAACUUAUUUAGAAUAUACAUGUCCUGAAUGCAAUUGCACAAAAAGUGACUUUUAUAAAAUAUUUGAUGCAAAAGAUCAGAACAAAAAUAAAACUAGAGAUUUGUUUGACAUAAUUAAAAAUGUUGUUACUGAUGCUAUUGAUGUUGUUUUUUCAAGUUUUAAAAUUGCUAGUGAGGUUUUGGAAACACUUAAUACAAUAAGCAAAGAUAAUAAACCACCAGAACCAGCAACCGAUUCAACUGAACCCGCAGAACCUCUUGCACCAGCACCUGCACCUCAUCCUAGACCACCCAUAACACCUACAAUACCACAAAAUGACGAACCAGAUGUCACGAAUAACAUAUUAUCAUCUACACUCCCCGUUGGAAUAAGUUUUGCCUUAGGUUCCAUCGCUUUAUUAUUUUACCUGAAGAAAAAGCCCAAAACUUCUCCUGUGGAUAUUUUUCGUGUCCUUGAUAUCCCACAAAAUGAUUAUAGUAUCCCUACAGAAAAAUCAUCCAACCGCUAUAUCCCAUAUGGUAAAUAUAAAGGCAACACAUAUAUAUACGUGGAAGGAGAAGAAACGGAUGAUUAUGUUCGCGAUAUAUCUUCUUCGGAUAUCACUUCAUCAUCAGAAAGUGAGUAUGAAGAGAUAGAUAUCAAUGAUACAUAUAAACCACGUAGUCCUAAAUAUAAAACUUUGAUCGAAGUGGUACUAAAACCUAGCAAUAAAACAACAUAUCAUGCAGAAAAUACACAUAUAGAUAAUAUAAUGGAUACUAGCGAUAUAGCAAAUGGUAAUACACCAAGUGCUAACACACCACAUAGUGGCACUAUACCACGUAUACCUAGUGACAUACCCACCUAUAAACUUACAGAUAAUGAAUGGAAUCAACUGAAACAGGAUUUUAUUGCACAAUAUUUACAACAUAUAGGACCUGACGUACCAUUUAAUAAUGAUUUACCAAAUGAUAAUAUACCUAUGGAUACACUACCUAAUAUUUUAGACGCUAAUAUUAAAGAAAAACCUUUUAUUACUCAAAUCCAAGAUAGAGUUUUACAUGGUGAUAACGAGGUUACUUAUAACAUUAAUUGGAAUAUACCAAAACAAAAGGAAGUAACUAGUAAUUUUACGGAUUAUCCAAAAUAUGUUUCAAGUAAUUUAUAUACUGGAAUAGAUUUAAUUAAUGAUUCGUUAAAUCGUAAUCAUAAUGUUGAUAUUUAUGAUGAGUUGCUCAAAAGAAAAGAAAACGAAUUAUAUGGAACAAAUCAUAUGAAACAUACAACUUUUAAUAGAGUUGCCAAUGAAACAUGUAGUGACCUUAUAAGUAAUCAAAUAAAUUUGUUCCAUAAAUGGCUAGAUAGACAUAGAUAUAUAUUAGAAAAUUUUAGUAAUAAAAACGAAUUGUUAAAUAAAUUAAAUGAAGAAUGGAAAAACAAUAACAAUAUUAUUAAUAAUAUUUCCAACCUGACCACUAAUAUUCCAAUACAAAAAGUUGAGGAUCAACCAAGUACACCAAUUGAUGAAACUACAUUUAUUGAUAUAUACUCAAAUAAUAAUAUAUUAGAUGAAAUUGAAAAUAAUAUGGAGAAAAGAUAUGAAAAUAAUAUAUAUUUUAAUUUUUCAGAUGAUCCUACAAAAUAA